AUGUUCGAAUUCCAGUCCAAAGGUAUGGGCCUCGACUAUUUUUGCCAAUCAGGCCCAUGUUGUUCUCGUGGGCUUAAUUAAGCAAUAGGCCUAGCUGCGCCCGCAAAACUUAGCAAUCCGUACAUUCCGCUCAUAUUCCUCACCGGUGACCUUCCUCACCUGCGUCAGACAGAGAAAGCCGAGAUUAGCGGCGGCGGCGAUGGCACUCCCGGCGUCAAGCUCCGGCCUCUUCCGCUUCGUCUCCCCCCGCAGCCGUCCCCAGUCCACUGACAUCGUGGCCGCUGCCUCCUGGGGAGUCUUCGCCGGCACCGCCGGCCUUUACCUCGUCCAGCCAUUUGACUGGAUUAAGAAGACUUUCUUCCAGAAACCUGAACCAGAGGCAUGAGUCUCCAGGCAGAAAAAUGCUGCAAAUCUGCAACUUUGGUACACCACUUUUGUCCGGGAUGAUUCCUGAUGAUAACUCAGCAAAUAAUAUGAGACCCCCUCGUCUUUCCUUGUUUGAUUUUAUUCAGAUGUAGGCAUUCCUCUUGCAUGUAAUAUUCACGAGGGGAGUGUGAUCAUUUGACUUGUUUUUCAUCACACAGAGAAACUGCUUGGUUCAACCGUGUUAUAUGGUCUUGAUGGCAUUUCUAAAAUAUUGGUCCAAGAUGCAUGUGUUUAAAACCUGUGGCCUGAUUAUUGUAUUUGUUGCAGUCA